AUGUAAAUCAUUGCCCGAUUUUAAUGGUAAACUGCGUCAACAGAUUAAAUCUCUGUCCAGUGAUAUCCAACGGAUCAUCGACUUUGUGGUCAAUGGUCCCGAUAGUGGCCAAACGUAUAGCGAGUUAGCACAGUUUGUCGACUGGUUUGGACCGAGACUGGUCGGCACCAGUAGUCUAGAGUCGUCUAUCGACUAUUUGGUUGAUCUAUUGAAUUGGGAACGACAUGAUAAAGUUUAUACACAAAAUGUUACCGUUCCUGUUUGGAGACGUGGCCGGGAAUGGGCACAAAUGGUUUGUCCGCGAAAACAAUCGCUAAACAUAUUGGGUUUGGGCUAUAGUGUCGGUACCAAUGGAUCAGUAGUUACCGGUGAUGUUAUUGUUAUUAAAACAUUUGCUGAACUAAACAGGCGAUCCCGGGAAAUCAGGGGAAAGUUUGUUGUCUAUAACUAUGAUUUCAAUAGUUAUGAUGAAUCAGUUGCUUAUAAAUUACAUGGAGCCAGUCGUGCCUCAAAGUACGGUGCUAUCGGUGCACUGAUACGAUCGACUACACCGUUUUCAAACAGCUUACCGCACACUGGAUUACAAAUUUACUCUAAAAAUGUACGAAAAAUACCGGCCGUCAGUAUUACCGUAGAAGAUGCCGAACUGUUUGGUCGACUGGCAGCCCGUGGUAUCAACAUUACGGUCAGUCUAUCAAUGGAGGCCCGUAUGGAUGCCGAUCGGGUAUCGAGAAAUACUGUCAGCGAAAUUACCGGUUCAACUAAACCGGAUGAGAUAGUACUAGUAUCGGGUCAUCUGGACUCAUGGGACGUAGGACAGGGAGCCAUGGAUGACGGCGGCGGUGCAUUCAUAUCGUGGCGGGCACUGUCGGUCAUCAAAAAACUUGGUCUCCGUCCCAAACGUACAGUUCAAUCGGUGUUGUGGACCGGAGAGGAAAUGGGUUAUAAUGGUGUUCAACAAUACGCACAGAAACACAUCAAUGAUUUAAACAAAAUAAGUAUAGCUAUGGAGUCAGAUAUGGGAACGUUUACACCGACGGGUAUAACCUAUUCGGGCCGAAACCUGACCGCACAGUGUAUUAUCAAUGAAUUGCUUAGUCUAUUGAAACCGAUAAACGCCAGUCAGUUGAAAAUUGGUCGCGAAGAUGGACCCGAUAUUGAACUAUUGGUCGAAAAGGGUGUUCCCGGCGCUAGUCUGGACACUCGUAAUGACCGAUACUUUUACUAUCAUCACACGGCCGGCGAUACGAUGUCGAUGAUGUCGACCCGUGAUCUGGACUUAUGUACGGCUGUUUGGGCGGCCAUUGCCUACGGGUUGGCCUCAAUCGAUGACCAAUUGCCCCGAUAGGCGACU